AGGCUGAGCAAACAGUGCAUGCCAGGGCCGCGGCCGCAGCCGCGCUCCAGCCCGCACAGUCGCAGGAGGGCUGCGCUCCCGGCCGCCCAGGAUGAGGCUGCUCUUCCCUGCCGUCGUGCUGGCCCUGCUCGCCGCCGCCCGCGCUGCUGAAGACUCCUGCGAGGGCCGCUGUGAUGAUGGCUUCGAUGCGCAGCACAAGUGCCAGUGUGACACCCUCUGCAUGUACUACCAGAGCUGCUGCAGCGACUACGCCACCGCCUGCAAAGCCAAAGUGACCCGGGGAGACGUGUUCGCCUUGCCAGAGGACGACUACCUCGACUACAACCUCACCGUUGACUUGGGCACGGUGGGGGGCACCGAGGUAGCCCCCACAGAGCUGCCCACGACCCUGCUGCCGGUGCAGUCCACGCUGGAGACCAUGUUUGGCUCCGAAGAGACACAGACGGAGGUGCCUGUGGAGGAGGUACCUGUGGAGGAGGUACCUGUGGAGGAGGUGCCCAUCACCACACUGGAUGGGUUUGGGAAUCAGAAACCCAUAGAGGAGCCCGAGGAGCUGUGCAGCAGGAAACCUUUUGAUGCCUUCACUGACCUGAAGAAUGGUUCCAUUUAUGCUUUCCGAGGGAAGUACUUCUACGAGCUGGAUGAGACGAGUGUGCGGCCCGGCUACCCCAAGCUCAUCAGCGAUGUCUGGGGCAUCGAGGGCCCCAUCGAUGCAGCCUUCACCCGCAUCAACUGCCAGGGCAAGACUUACCUGUUCAAGGGCAGCCAGUACUGGCGCUUUGACGACGGAGCCCUGGACCCUGGGUACCCACGUGACAUCUCCGAGGGCUUUGAAGGCAUCCCGAACAGCAUUGACGCGGCCUUCGCCCUCCCUGCGCACAGCUACCACGGCAACGAGAGAGUCUAUUUCUUCAAGGACAAGUACUACUGGUCCUACGACUUCGCCAACCAGCCCACGCAGGCUGACUGCGAGAAGUCCUCCCCCUCGACCGUGUUCAACCACUACGCCUUCAUGAACCGCGACAGCUGGGAGGAUGUCUUCCAGAUCCUCUUUGGUGGCAGGAUGAGCGGGGCGAGCAGCCCGCGGUACAUCAGCAAAGACUGGCGGGGGGUGCCCAGCCGGCUGGACGCUGCCAUGGCCGGCAGGAUCUACGUGGCCUCCCAGCAGCCUCGGAGGAGGAAGUCCCGUCGCCAGCGCAAGAGGUACAAGAGCCAGAGGUCACUGAAUUUGGGUUUCUGGAGCUGGCUGCAAAAUGACUCAGACUCUGUGGGUGUCGAAGGCGACUGGCUGUCGGGCUCCCAGUGCGAGGCUCUCCAGAGCGUCUACUUCUUUGUAGGAGACAAGUACUACCGCGUCAACCUGCGCACCAAGCGCGUGGACCUGGUGCAGCCCCGCUACCCGCGCUCCAUCGCCCAGUACUGGCUGGACUGUCCGCAGCCCGGGGAGGAGAGCACCUGAGCGCGGCCGCCCCGAGCCGCCCGGCAGCACGGCCCCUAGCUAGGCAGAAAUAAACUGUGAGUGCCGUGCAGGCUGGAGA